AUGCGUUUCUUCGUUCUCUUCACCUCAAUGAUUGCCGCUUCAUCGGCCUUCUUGUUCCCAUCUGCUGGAGGAGGCGGCGGUGGAUGUGGAUGCGGUGCCCCACCACCACCACCAGCUUGUGCUCCACCACCAGCUCCAGCAUGCGGAGGAGGAGCUCCACCACCACCAGCUUAUGCUGCUCCAGCUCCAUCCUACGCUGCCCCAGCCGGAGGAGCCUACCCAGUCGGAGGACGUUAA